AAUGUGUCUCCUUGAACAGAAAGGAAGGUAUGUGUAGGCAUACCCUGCCUGCUGUGACAGGGCAGGUCAAGAAGGGGCAGGCGAGAGGUCCUCUUACGAUGCCCGUCCUUGUUCAGCAAUCAGUGCCUAAGCUGCGCCACCCCCGAGAUUACCCUGGGUGCCUCAAGAGCAGUUCGCGAGAAGCUCAAUUGAGCGCAUCAACCUUAUCUUGUACGCCAACCAACACGUUACCAUUCUUAUCGCCGUUAGUUCUUCUCUCGCAAGUCCGCAAUGGGUCGCACCACCUACAAGGGCAACCCGGCCCUGCAGAUCGUGACCGAAGGGGUCACGUACCCGACGGUCCCCCUCUUCGCCCCCGGCAACACUAUCAUCGGCCGUGUAUGUCGCAGGGCAGCCCUGGUGAGCACCGAAGCCAGCGUCCAGAUCACGCUCUGCGGCAGGGCCAAGUCCAAAAUCACCGUCCGGCGUCACAACGCCGCAAGCCAUGGCACCACUACAACCCACUACCGAGGCCGCUUCACCCUUAUCGACGAGGACGCGCACCGUCAGACUAUCUUCAAUGGGCCCCUCCACGUGGCGGACUCUUCAGACAAUCAGACAUGGUCCUUCGUCAUCGACAUUCCGACACACUGCAGUCAGAGGAAACUCGUCAACUCCGUGCCAGCCAACCUAAGCUUCCUACCCCUAGACGCCGCCUCCGUGGCUAUACACCGUCUCCCAGGCACCUUCGAUAUGGACCACUCGGGCUGGAGCUCCGACAGGGAAGGAUUUGUCGAGUACUGGCUCGAGGCGACUAUAUUGUUCAUACAACACGGCAAGCAGCGCAGCGAGACUGCCACACUCCCUAUCAUCAUCGCCUCCGCAAACAACGACCCGCCCAUCACCGACUUCGGCAACCGCCGGUAUCGCGAACUACGCGUCAUAUCUUCCUUCAGGCUCCUCCCGAACAUGGAGGCUGCCGAGCUGACGUUUCAGCAGAAGUGCCAGCAGCUUUUCGGCUCGUCCAAGGUGCCGCGCGCCGCUGGCAAGUUGGAGCUGUACAUGCCGCGCAUCAUGCAGCUGGGCAAUCCCAGCACGGUGCCCCUCCGGCUGCGUUUUGUGCCUGACAAGAAGCUUUCUAGCGACAACAUGCAUGACAUCCCCAUCAAGAUCGUCCUGCAGUCGCUUCGCAUGACAUUGAUGACCAAGACCACAGUCCGGUGCGCCGCAGCCUUCAGCCCGCGCGAGGCGAGCGACGACACGGAAAUCACCUUGAACAUCUGGCCGCCUUCUCCUGGGCAGCCGUCGAGCAUUCUGUACAUCCCGUGCACGGGCGAGUACCCGCCCAUCGACGUCGGCGCGAAAGCCGACUUCCGCCUCAACAGCCAAGCUCCACGGCAGGCGCUGCGCAAGCUGUACCCUCGAUUUACGACAUAUAACCUGAUGCACACCCAUUAUUUCAAGUUUGAGAUCGUCGCAACAGCCUCGGGGGAGGAGAUGAAAAUGAACGCUUUCGAAAGUGUGGUCAUCCUGCCAGCAUCAGAGGCGCGACAAGCGCCAGUAGCGGCCUAUUCAGCACAUCCUGGGAGUAGUGCAGUGCAGCAGGAGGAAGAAGCGCCGCCGCCGCCGUUCCAGCCAAGGUCUGAGUCGUGGAUUCGUCCCCCGGCUGAGACAGACGCCCCACCGACCUUUGCGCAGGCGCAAGAGGAGAACGUCACGAGGAAGAGCCAGGAAGCGGAACGGAGCACGGAGGCAGGCCCGUCGGUACCCUGAUGCCUGGCUUUCGGAUAGCAGCAAAUUCAAAACGAGAACUAUACGGUGGCUCCGACACACCCCCGAGUUACAUUGUUCUAUGCCGGAAUCGACCCUCUCGCUGGUGG